AUGACCCCUCCGCCCAUGACCGCCAGACACGACGAGUGCGACUCCAGAACGGUCUUCGAGACUGUGAACGGCUCCUACACGUUCGUGAUCACCAACUUCUUGGAGGCCCAGUCUCGGGGAGUGGGCCAGCGAGGUGUUCGCCGCCGGGCGUUAUUCGAGCUCAGGCUGGAGGACCAGAACGGGAACGGGAACCACCAGAGUUGGGUCACCCUUUAUGCUUUUAAGUUGAUCCUUAUUGACAUGCGUUCUUUGGUUUUGUGCUAUUGCAGGGGAUACCCUCGGUUCUUGAAGAGAGAUCAUCCUGAGGCGUUGCACUACAUCAAGGACGAUCGCCUCAUCCUGCACUGCAUUGUUGGAGUCGUGAAGGCCAAAGUUGAGGGGCCGAGACACUGCAGAGUCACCAUUUCGCGGUCUGACGUGGGUCAGGGUUUGAAGGCCCUGUUAAAGAACGGAAGCAGCAGCUUGGUCGGGCAAAGGCCAGACAGGGAAACGAUAGAUGAACAGGAGGAUGCGGUUUUGGAAGGCCUUUGGAAAUCUCCUGAAAAGAUAAUGUUAGGCUCUUCUCUUUAA